GGAAUGAGACCGAGGCCCCGGAUGGAUACAGUGCCGCGUACCACGACGGGACUUGGUGUCCACGCGAUGUGAGAGUACCGAAGGGCAAAGCGAGGGGCGGUAUAUAGCGUAUCAUAGAUUAAAGGCGCCCUGUUUCAUCUCUGUCACGUAGAGUUUGGUUGAAUGUUGCGAGAAGAUCGCUGUUUGUUGGCCGUGGCAAUGACAGGGCCGGGAUUUGACGAAUGUGUCAAGACGCCGAUGGGAUGGUAUGCGGCAUUGAGAUGUUCUCCGACUGCGCGGCACAUACAGCGCGGAUCAGCAGGCGACACGCUCCGAAGGUGAAGGUGCAUCGGCGAGAUGCGUAAUUGAGGUUCAUGGUCGAAGACAACGAGAAUUGGGGGGAAGUCGCGGGGGCAGACGCACCAUUGCAGGUCCCGAGUUCAUCUACAGAGCGCUGUGCGUUACAGCUCCUGCCCGGUACCGACACGCACGCUAGGUGGGAGGGCCUGUGGAUAUUAGAUGAGUCGCAGCAUACCAGGGUGGUGGAUAGGGUUGGGCGAUUGCGUACCCAUGACUGUGCGCAGGAAGGCUUGACUGCAGACGAUAAGGGCUACGGAGAAACUGGAGAAUUCAGCUGGAGAGCGGCUUUGAUAGAACUGGCACAAGAUGCGGGAAGGGUGGGGCGCGUAGGCUGGUCUUGCCGCUGGCGAGUCGGCGUCGGGAGAGAAACUUGGAGAGGGAGGAGGGAGGAGGAGGAGGAGAGGUUUGUACUUGAGACAGGGCGCCAGCCCGUGUCACACACGCUUGGGGAGCCUGCAGAUGCACCGCGGUUUAACUCCGUACCAGCCACAUCGUCCUCCUCCCACCUCCUCCCACCGUGCCCUACCCAGCCUACCUACGGGCCAGACAGUACCAUGGUCCCACUCGAAAUGACGGACCAGAGGCCCCUCACCUGUGUACGACCGCUUCCCGUUGCUCGACGACGAUUCAGAUGCGCGGCACUAGGGAGAGGCGCUCGAGUAGUCCGUCAACGAGGCCUAGAUGCCGGUCGUUGGACGCCAUUGGGCUGUAGAGCACCGACGAGUAGGCUCUCAACAAACAGCGAAACGGGUGCAUAUUGUCGUCGUCGUUGCGGCGGGGCUUUUGCAUGCAUUGCGGGCGCCCGAUCCUCCAUCGGAUUCGGCACUGUUGGCAGCUCGCCCGGGGGACUUUGCAGAUACUCGACCAUUAUCCUGGACGAAGAUAGCAUGACUACAUCGCUUCCCCGCGACUCUGGGCCAUGGGUGUCCUGUGCAACCCGCACGCCUAGGUUAACCCAGCACCGCCGGAUCCGAGCCUGUGCAUGUUCAAACAACUCCAUGUUGCGAUCCCGACGGGGGCCAACGAGUGCACGGACCAGGAAGCUGGACGUCCUCGCAGCAUAAGGUCGAGCGAUUCCGAUGAAGCAGGACGAUGCCAGGAGGCGAACGACCACGACCACGGCGCGACCAUUGCCUCGCACAGGGUAUACUGUACUUACCCACGAGUCGCUCGCCUCGACUGACGGCACAGAAAUUCACCACAACAAUGCUGCAUUGGGGCAUCCUAUAGCCGCUGGUGGUGUCGGAGGCCCCGGAUCCAUCUGGCCCCAUUGCACCGGUUUCUCGGGUCAUCA